GAACAGGACAGCUGGAUGAGAGAAAAAAAAAAAAAGAAGAAGAGGAGGAGGAGGAGAAUUCCGACGUAUUAAUCUCCGUCUGUUCCAGCGAACCAGCCACAGAGCGAGCGAGAAAGCCAGAGAGAGAGAGAGAGAGAGGAGGGGGAGCCUGACGCAGUGAUCACCACAAACUGAGAAGAGGAAAAGGAGGCAGUGCAUCACAUCACACCGCCACAAAAAAAACGAAAAAAUAAUAACAGCCUUCCCGACAUCCAGCCUAACCCCCUCGGACGCUCCACGCCGUGCCCGAGGAAAGUGCACUGCGAGCGGGGGAAGAGAGAGCGAGUGAGAGAGGACACGGGGACCGGACGGGCACUGGAGGAGCGAGGGGGGUGGCUGGCUGGCUGACUGGGAAGGAAGGAAGGAGGGAGGAAGGCUGGGGGACGCGGAGCCUUUUCAACCCGAGGAGGAGCUGCCGUCAGCGGAUUGGAGGCGAGCAGAAGCGUCGCCGACAGGAUCGAGACGACAUGUGAGGAAAGUGUCGCCUGCGCGCCGCUGUGAGGCAUCAGCCAGGGUCCAGUCAGGGCCGGAAAUCCGAGGAUGAGGGAGCGCGAGAGGAAGUACUCAUCCAAUCCGAGGGGCAGACGGCCGCUAAGGACAUAAGGAUUGACCGCUUUUCAUCUCCGAUUAACAACCUGGAGGUUUCGUGUUCCUUUCCCGUCUCUUGAUUCCCGCUACCACACAUUGUCGGGUGACUUUCUCCAAUGGAUACCGUGACGACGUUACAUCAGGCCCAGCGGCCGAAACGAACCGCCAGCGGGGGGAUCUCGCCCUCCGUCACUUCUUUCCUGGGCUGGGUCGUCCUGCUGUCCGUCGUGCGGUUGCCAGCGGCGACGGCCGACUGCUGGCUCAUCGAGGGCGAGAAGGGCUUCGUGUGGUUGGCCAUCUGCAGCAUGAACCAGCCGCCCUACGAGGCCAUCCCGGCUCACAUCAACAGCACUAUCGUGGAUCUGAGGCUGAACGAGAACAAGAUCCGCUCUGUGCACUACUCUUCGCUCAGCCGCUUCGGCAACCUCACCUAUCUGAACCUCACCAAGAACGAGAUCAGCUACGUGGAGGACGGAGCCUUCUCGGCGCAGUUCAACCUGCAGGUUCUCCAGAUGGGUUUCAACAAACUGAGGAACCUGACGGAGGGAAUGCUGCGAGGCCUGGGCAAGCUGCAGUACCUUUACUUGCAGGCCAACCUCAUCGAAACGGUCACGCCCAACACCUUCUGGGAGUGCCCCAACAUCGAGAACAUCGACCUAUCCAUGAACAGGAUCCAGGCGCUGGACGGUAGCUUGUUCUCAGGACUCUCCAAGCUUACCACCUGCGAGCUGUACACCAACCCCUUCAACUGCUCCUGCGAGCUUCUGCCGUUCCUGCGCUGGCUCGGCGCCUUUCCCAACCGGACCAGCGAACGCAUGGUCUGCGACGCCCCUCACGGCUUCUCCGGCUACAACUUGCUUAGUCCCAACCCCCGGGCGCCGGCCCAACGCGACGCGCUGCACGUGCUGGGCCUGGUGUGCACCGAGGACGGCAGCAAUUCCACCGCCUUCUACAUCAACGGUCUGCUGGACGCCACCACGCUGCCGCCGGACUUUUCCCCGUGCGGACUGGACGACUGCGCGUCGGGAACGCCGCCCGACGAGGUCAUCUACCACACCAUCUUCACCGAGAUCAACCCCGUCAUGACGCUGAAGCAGGUGCUGCACUCCACGGCGGUCAUCACGGUGGAGAUCCCGCACCCUUACCGGAAGAUGUACAUCCUGAUGCUUUACAACAACAGCUUCUUCACUGACAUCCAGAACCUGAAGUACCAGAGGGAGGAUAUCACACUGCCCAACCUGAAAGCAAACACGGACUAUACCUACUGCGUGGCCUCCAUACGCAACUCCCUACGUUUUAACCACACCUGUCUGACCAUCUCCACCGGUCGCGGAGCCAGAACGGAACGGGUCGCCAAUCAGUCGUCGGCCACCCACUACAUCAUGACCAUCCUGGGCUGCCUGUUUGGAAUGCUGCUCUUUCUGGGCCUGGUAGUCCACUGUCUGAGACGGAAGAGGAUCACAGAGGAGAAGGAGCGCAAGAUGAAUCGGAUCCAGAGGACCCUGAUAGAGCUCAAGUAUGGUGACGAAGGCGAUAUCGAGGGCGGCGAUGGCGGCGGCCCGGUUUCUCAGAAGCUACCCCCUGGCGGCGACGGUUUGUCAAGGAUGCCCUACCUGCCUCAGGGCACCGAGAUCGAUCCCUACCAGUUGCAGGAGGUGCUGGAGACACCUGCGCACAAGCCCGCCAAGCUCAACUACAUGGAGGUGAGAGGGUCCGCUGUGGAGAGGGAGCGGGAGAUGUCACCCCAAGCCAACCCUCAGGGUUCCGUGGCCGAGAUCUCCACCAUCGCCAAGGAAGUGGACAAGGUCAACCAAAUCAUCAACAACUGCAUCGACGCCCUCAAGUCCGAGUCCACUUCCUUCCAGCAGGGCAUCAAGUCCCCUACCUCAGCGGGCGGGGGGGCCGUAUCCACCGCCGAGCCGCAACUGGUGCUCCUCUCUGAGCAGCCGGGAGACCGAGGGGGCGAGUUUCUCUCCCCUGUCUACAAGGGGGGGCGAGGGGGCCGAGGCUACCACCAUUCCUUGCAGCGGCACCACAGCAUGGAAGCCCCUAGCACGUCCAAGAGGCCCAGCACCUCCUCGUCCCCUGGCUCGACCAGGAGUCCCCGUUCCUUCCACUCAGAGGGGGCCUACCACGCUUCAGAGACUCGCUACAUCGAGAGGAGCUCGCCCAGCGACCGCGCCGUGGAGGAACCGGUCCGCGCGGUCAACCCGGCGGCGGCCAUCCUGCGCGCCGAGGCCCAGAGGAUCCGGCAGUAUCACGAGCACCGCCACUCGUACCCGGGCUCCCAGGAACUGCAGCGCCACCCGCAGAUUUUGCAGGAACUCCACUACCAUCCCGGUGGACGCAAGCCCUCGGUCCUGGACCCGCUCACCCUCGGCCGACAGGUCAAGCAGAGAGAGCUGGCGUACUCCCAGCUGGCCCCGCACUACGCCCUGUCCCCCCAGUACCACAACCUCAGUUACUGCUCCAGCCCGGAAGAGGAUGAGGAGGAGGAAGAAGAGGAAGGGCUUCUGUGCACCCCCACGUUGGGCCUGUGGGAGCGCUUCAAGCUGCACCGCAAGAGGCACCGGCAGGCGUCCAUGGAGGACGAAGGCUACGUGGCGGCCGGCCACGCGCUGCGCCGAAAAGUCCAGUUUGCCAAGGAUGAGGAUCUGCACGAUAUUUUGGACUACUGGAAGGGGGUUUCGGCCCAGCAGAAGGCCUGAGCUGAGCUGGCACGACACUGUGGAAGACCUGUAAAUAGAAACGCCGCAUAACCAGGAACCCAAGAAUUAUUGAAAACAAGGAGUAGUAAAAAAAAAAAAAUCAUAACUUAGAUUCUUUUUUAUUUCUAAUCUAAUGGAACUCAUAGCUGAAACAUAUGUAGCUGUUUGUAUGUUUUCACAGAGGAAGGAGAAAAGCUUAACAUGGCAGCCUAUCCUGCUUUUUUUUUUUUUUUUUAGGAUGUUGUGUCUAGGGAACCAACAAGGACCGUUUUCUGAGAGACAUUUUAAAGGACUGGACCCAAUUUUAGAAUGGGUUGCCAGGCAACGUUAGUGUCCCCUUUCUUCUGCAAGCCACUCUCAACUUUCUAUUGAUGCGUUUCCACAGGGAACAAAAAACAGGUCCUACUUCUAGUACCUGGCUAGUACCAACUACCGGCCGGCACUAUCAAGUGGAUUCGUCAUUUGCCACGCCCACAUUACGGCGCCCAGUUUGAGUCCCUGGUUUUCCUCUCUUCCGACUGCUGAGUUGGCUUUUCAGCACCUCAAACCUGCGCCAUCAGGAAUAUGUGGCGAGAAAGGGGCCAAAGUGAGCAGCGUAUAACGUGCCAAAUGUUCCUUCUGACUUGCCAAGUGGUUUUCUAUACAGAAUUUAAAGAUUUGAAAAAAAAAUGUUACUAUGAUUAUUAUUAUUAUUAUUGAUAUGGAUUGUUCUUAUCUUCUUACUGUUCCUAUGAUCAUAAUCGUCAAUUGUUUGAAUGUGGCAAAGGGACGUGAUAGAAUGGGAUGGAAGAGCGCCCCCUUCCUACCUGGAGGACUUCAAUGGAGGAUACAAAACGGUUCUCGAACAUUCACUCUAUAUUUGCAACAGAUGUUUUUUGAAAUGUUUCAGACUUUUCUCCCAACACCGAGUUAGCUAGUUAGCUCAAGUUUUUUGAUUUAAAAAAACAAACAAACUUCAAAUGAAUGUCUUUAAUUCCCACCAAAUUAAAAAAAAGUGGGAAAUAAACUGCACUGUUCAAAAAUUCAAAAAAA